UUCCGUUCUAGCGGGCUGCGGCGAGAUUUGUUCAUCGGCGGGAGAGAGAGAGAGAGAUGGGGACGAGAGAAGUGUACGAGGAGAAGCUGAGGAGGGGGAAUUUGCACCAUGAUCCGACCAUGAACCCUGGUCUUGGUUCCGCUCGUUGUCCACGUUGCCUCUCUCUCUUGGACCCUAAUUCUGAGAAAGGCGAGUGGACUAUAACUUCGGUUUUGCACGACGCCGCUGCUGUGGCUGGUUCUGGUUUUGGUGGUAUGCUUAGUGCAGUCCACGCUUUCAAUACAGGGAUCCCCUAUCUCCAAAGUCGGCUUAAAGGAUCAAAGCGUUUCUCCUUUCUUGUGGGGGUGCCAUUGCUGCUUGGAUAUUCAGCUGCAGGGGCUGCCUUUGGAGGUUAUGCACUUCCAAAGUUUGCCCAACUCACAGUCACUUCGUAUUAUGCUUCUUCAAGUGCUUCACAUUAUUGGAUUUCCCUUCUCACCCGCCAUAUUGAAGAAGCCCACAUUUCUCGAACUCAGAAAGAACAACAAAAAUGAAAUCACACGAGUGUACAUAAACCGGAAUCAGUAUCUCUGUUCUAUCCGAGAAGUUUACUUUACUUGUCACUACUAUCGAUUCUCUGGCUUUUAGAUGGUGAAGAUUUUGGGUUCUCUUUUCCUAUCCAGUGUUUUUGUUCGGUCUUGAAACCUGAAAGCCGUAUUGUAAUUCUUCCCACAUCAUUUAUAGGAAAUAUCAUGUAUUUAGCUUCAA